GGAGCCGGGCGACGACCAGCUACUAGUUGGGCUUCCCUCUCGCGGACGUCGUCAUUCGCCACAUGCGGUCUGCGCCGGAGAGGACGACCCGUGCCCGCCGCCGCUUAUAAGAGUCGCACGGACCGAUACCGCGUCUUUUUGACAUCCGCGGUUCAUGCCUUCCUGGCCAGCUCAGAAUAGAGGAGCAACGAGCGUGCGACAACAUGUGCCGACAGGUCUCUUGGACGCUAUGGGCGCUUUUGGCAGCAAUGCUGCUGCUGCAGCCAGACGCCUGCGCUGGGUCUCGCCACUCUGAAUCUAUACUGCGGGCAAUGACGGCAGCUGCAAAGCCCACCAAGGACUACAGCUUCAGCAUGGACGAUGUCUACGCUUCUCCGGCGACCAUGGAGAAAUACAUGAACUCGUACAGUUUCCCAGGACCGGUGGACUACGUGUCCGCCGCCACUAUGCCUUCGGACGGUGGAGCAUUUGAGUUUUACCCGACGCUUACGUCGGGUUCCGUCUUCGAUAACUUCGCCUUCAGUCCAACGAUCAAACUCGACGAACUGGCUGCGUACCAAGAGCCAACGGGCCACGUAGCCAAGCACUCUAGUCGCAACAAGGGCAAGAAAGUUUGGAGGCUCAAGGAGGACGACGUCGACGAGUUUGGAGAUGAAGGAACGCGACACGCGACCAUCAAAAACGGCGGGAAACGCGAAGAGUGGAGACGGCCGGACGCCAAGCGGAACUCGGAAGAGUCCCGCUCCGUCGAAGAGGAAGGGGCGGCGGCGGUGGCUGGCCGCAGAAGGAGACCGAACGGAAGUUCCGGGUCGUAUUUCAGGGGCGUUCCCGAACAGGACGAGGACAGUUCCGAGGAAGAAGGUGGAGGGGACACGCCUCGAGAAGACGAGAGGGCCGAGACGUCGCCAACGACGUCCCUCAGUGACCGCGACGAGAUCGCUUACUCUCGAAGCAACAGCAGGCGUCCUUUCGUUCGCGUGAAGAACAGCGGAGCGCUCACCAGCGAAGAGGCUUCGUCAUCUGAAGAAGGGCGUAGGGGGGCUGCGGCGCCUCUGCGAAACUACGAGACCGGGCCUAGGAGCAACGGCAACGGAGAUGGGCGAGGUUCUACUACGACGACGACUGCAAAUCAGAGGUUCGAGAACGGACGAAGAAGAAACGUCGGCAAUGGUGGCUACGGAAACAGUGGCGAGCUACCUUCGUUCGCGGUCGAAACCAGCGGCAGUAGAACCGAAGGAGCCCCCGGGGUUCGCGGAGGAAACAGCAACGACGACGUCAGGGAUGUCAGGUACAACUCUUACAACGGCAACGGUAACGGCAUCGACAGCGCUGUGCGGUUGGUGAGCGGCCCUGCGCUACGUGACGCCUUCACUGCGACGCUCACGACGACGACCGAAAGGCCCGAAGUUGGCAACGGUCUAAUACUAUUGAACGGCAACGGUCGGCUCGGUGGACCACAAGAGCCAGCUCGGGACACGUCUACCUCCGGCGGACGUGCAGCGAAAUCGAGGCGAAGGCCACCUCUCGCCUACACGCCGGGAAGCAUGGAGUACCCGUCAGAGCAGGACGACGAAGGGAGCAGCUCCAGGGAGCAGGAGGAGACGACGACGAACGGUUACAGCACGACUACGACCAUGGAACCAAUCAGGUAUUCCUCUGAGGAAGAGACAGCGCCACCGCGAGAAGAAAGUAGGUACUCCGCCGAAGACAGGCUUCACGCGAUGAUGAGGCCGACGCAGACUGCGACCAGGAUGAAGAGGCCGGUGCCCUCUGAGCUAGGAGCCGCUGCAGCCGCGACGCCUUUGAUCAACGGCAGAGCUCCUACGACAGUGAAUGGACAACGAAGCGUCAACAACGGCAGGAAGCGCGGUGGAGGAGGGUACGCCGCGCCCGAACCACUGGCCGCGCUUCCUCCGGCGUCUUCGCUCGUCCUCCUGGCUCAAGACCCAACGCCUACUCUGGACCAGAAGGCCGCGGCCACGGCGACGACGGGUGCAGACCAGAGGGCGGCGGCUACGACUGGUGGCGGCGGGAGACCCAGGACGCUCUUCCAUCAGCAGGGAUUCCAGGGACCGUACUCGUACCGCUUCGGCUUCGACACGGCCGACCCUUACAACCCGCAAACUCGCUACGAGGAGAAGGACGCCGACGGUCGCGUCCGAGGGUCCUACAGUUACCUGGACCCCAAGGGCCGCCUACAAGUGGUGCGCUAUGAAGCAGACCCAAAGGGAGGCUUCAGGGUCAAAGGGAGCUUCGGACAGUUCCCAGGGGACAAGAAACCCUAGUCUUCUACUGCCGUCUGCGAUACAUAGAUACAUCGGUGCAUUCUCAAAUUAGCCACGCUGGUAUACGGGAGUGCCGUGUUUGGCGACUUCCCUGAGAAGAUCUAGCACGGCAUGAAACGAUGUGCCAUCAGCUGCUCGAGCUAAGAUGAGCCCUUCUUUUUGGAACUCUUUCAGUCCUGUAUCACAAGACUGGUAAGGGCUGCAUUCUUCGUUCUUUUGGUCGUGCCACUGGCUUCCGAGAGCCGGGAAGCUGUUUGUACGGUGCACAGUGCUCUAUACCGGUACUGUCAGCAUAACUUAUUGCGAAGAACAAGGGAAGAGAACACAAUGUAACCGUGUGGCCAAUUCCCCUCCGAGGAUGUAUGAGGUUUUCUUGAAGACACUGCAAUGUUGUGCAGUAGCUAUCCCAGGUUUAUGACCAAAAGCGAACAUGCAAGGGGAGAGGGCAUGGCGAACCAUAUAUGUUUCCUAUCAGGGACUUCUUGUUUCUGCUGCACAUAUCAUCGUAGUAAGUCAUGCUGACAAAAUUGUGUUAUUGUGUUUUGCAAGCAACACUGCACUAAACACAACUACUAUACAUUGGCACCUUUGCUUUGUGUCAGGAUUUGAGUGAUUUGAGUCAGAACAAAAGAAAUUGUUAUUUUGGUUUUCUGCGUAUCCGAAAUCGAAAGUGAAAACAGGUCAAAUCGCUUCGUCCCUUUCACAUUAUACGCCCGCUAAUAACACUGCAUUUACAUCCAGUUUAUGCGAGUAGGAUUCGCUUUCGCUUAUGCUGGGCACAUAUGCUCAGGUGGUCAACAGUCGGGCAGGUCUAACUUCUCAAAGAGUCAACAGCAUUUUUAUUGCUGUUCAAGGCUCACCACGAGCAAAUAUAAUAUCCGAAUCAAUGCUAGCACUGCUUCUUGCAUCUCGUGAUUCAUUUUUACCCUUGGUGACCACAAACUCGGCAGCAUGUUUUGCGCAUCCCUGAGCCAAACUUUCUGCGUGGCCGCAUAAUCGACCGUCUGUCGCUGUGAAGUAGUUGGGACCAAAGGUCGGCGCGCAGUUUGUCAACAGGGCCAGUCUUCACGUAUAAUGACUCCAGAGUUUAAGUUUUGCUCUUUAGAGAGGAUCAAAGAUCGUGUUGCAAUUGUUUUGAGACAAGCGUGAAUCCGAGAUGCCGAAAUCAUGUGCGCAUUGCACAUAUUCAAGUCACAACACAAAUUGGUAAUGGUCAGUUCCAAUUUUCUUACGGCGCAUCACAUUUGCUUGCCCUUUAUUCGUCGCUGCCGCACAUGGGGGCGCAAAUCCGAGCAACGUGCUUGCGAACCUGGAAAAGCUUUAUUUACAUCAUAUAUAUGCCGGGUGUGAACAUAUUCUUAAGUGAUAGCAGGCGGCCCGCAAGCAAGCAUGGUUUAUUCCAUUGCAAAUCAAACAAAAUAAAAGGGAAGAAGCGCUAGUAUGAGGUAUACCGUUCAACCAUACAGUGCCAUGCACAAAGUGAUGCGCGACGGAAGAACUAGCCCAACCUAAAGACAACCUGUGCUUGACUUGCAUUUUUCGCUGGCAGUACAGAUAUUUUUCCCGUUGGGCAGUUUUUACAGACGAGAUCUAGCGCUUGCUCCAGAAAAUUUUUAUAAAUGAUGAACAAUUGCAAGCAUGGAACUCCCCGAGUGCAGAUAGUUUCGUUGGAUUGCAAGGAAUUGCAUCGAUAACUUGCCUAUCCGAAGUUUAUACUACGACUGCGAAACACGUCUACGAGUCAUCGUAAAGUUGACAUUUACAUAUUUACAAGCAGAGUUUAAUAGGAACUGUUCAAUCAUAUAAGCAAUUUUCAAGGAAGAUAAGCUGCAACAAUAUAGGUGAUGCAGCGCAUGUGCCACGAGACUUGCAUGUGUGAUCGAGGAGUUCCUAUCAAGCUCUGCUUGUAGACAUCAAAUCCACGACGUCCUGUAGACGUAUUUUAAAGGAGAUAAAAAGCAACGCCUGAGGCAUAAAGAAAAAAAAACGAGGUAAAGUAAGCUGCCGUAGGAAAUCCAGGCUAGUGUUCCAGGUUAGACCGUGGCUAUGUCACGAACUCCCAGACACGGGAACACCUGAAACCGUGCGGCAUGCUAUUCCAAGCCAAUGUGAAAGGCAAGUCAGUCAGCGCCAGGGAAACGUUACCGCAAGUUUAAUAUCAUCACCCACAGUUCAUCUUUUACGUUAUACUACUCUUCACCACACCUCAUUCACUCUCAUCCCAGGUGUAAGGUGGAGGCCAUCGCGAUUUCGGUCACGAAUCAUGGUCGGCAUCAUUGUGAGACUUAUCUGAGUACUGAUAUGUAUCUGCAAGCACUUACGCCCACUAUAUAGAGGAAGUUUUUACUGAUAGAUAUAUAGAACGCAGAAUAUUUAUGUAUUCGACUGUCUGAUCAAAUCAGGCAAAAAUAUGUGCUAGUAGGCAACCAUAAGUGAGCUGAUUAUGGAGCAAAUGUGUGUACUUGCUAGAAGGAAACAAGAGAUAACACAUGGCCUCUUUUGGGCAAGGAAACCACAGUGGCCUUAUGAGUAGCUCCGAUAGGCCAUGAGGCUCGCUAGCGAUAAGAGCGAAUCAGACCACUGUAGCACGGAUUAUUCUCACUACGAAAACCAUACUUUCGAGCUUUAUAUUUUCGUUAGGAAAGAAAAGCAAGCACAUGAAAAAAGAAAAUGAAGAGAAAAAAGUCGCGCACACGUCGCACGACCGCUUCGGUCGCGAUCGAGUGUGAACCAGUUUGUCGCACGUUAGACUUACUCCCUUCUAUUCUCCUUGCCACGAGCUUUACGAGUAUUCGAGCUCGUUUUAGGGCGCCUUUGGGCUCCGGUUACCCAGCUUCAUUCACGUCAACGUGUCGGUGUCUGUACUAUGUGUAUGUCCUUGUGGGUUCGAUAUUCAGCUACAUUGUGAUAGGCUGAGAAAGAACCAAUGUAACUGUACGUAGACUUAAUUUGCAAACGAGGUAGUCUGCUAUGUUUGCAACAUGUAAUGUGGUGAAUUAUACAUUAUUACCUGUAACGAAAUGUAACCUACUACGCGAUACAUACCGUCAUAUAUAUCGAGGUCCGCUUGAUGAGUCAGUAAGAAAAACUGUGUUGCUGUGUUGUCUCCAAGUAAAAUGUUAGUUUCGGCUGAUUGGUGUUCAAACAUGCUGAAACAUUCAUAGCAAGGAGUUGGAGAAAACGAAGACCAGAAAAAAACGAGGGAGAAAAGUGCACGCGCAGCACUGCUGUUAUGCUACCAUUUAAUUUCGUGUUUUUUUUUUCUCUUUAUUUCCACUCGACGAGGUUUUUUUAUACCUUUCCUCAGUUUGUUUUGAUGUUGUUAAUGCCUGAUCAUGUUGUUUUAAGUUGGCUUCCUCGUUGUAUAUGUAUUUUUUAUGCUUUGGGAUUCGCACUACAAUGCAACAUGUGCGAAUGCGAAAGCAAGCAAACAUAUAGUGCGAACGACGCUUUUAUCUUCGUUCAUGUCUCUGUGCAAACGUUGUGACACAUACGGUCUACACGUUCCAUCUUUCUCUUGAUUUCAUCAUUGCUUGCGUUUUUACUAGUGCUUCACAUCUAUCGACGUGCUCAUACGCCUAGCAAAACACUCGUCAUUCAUUCUUUGUACGCGUAUACGUGGUGCGUUCUCUCCCGCAAUCCAGAUUUGUGAAAUGUCUUCAGAAGUUUCCCGUUUACGCUGCCGGUGGAAUUAGCUGGUUGCGAUGACUGGUUGCGAGUAAGGACUGAUCAUCAGAACAAGGUUUUUCUAUUGUACACUAGCUCGUGACUCAUUAAACGAUAACUGGCUUUGAUGUUGUCCUUGUAGUACGCACAUUUUUGCCCGCACUGUUUGGACGCAGCAUGUUGAAUAAAUGCGCGUGUUUCUGUGCCACGGA